CCCGACCCGGAUAACCGAAAGGGACAGGUCAAAACUUUGCCCCCACUAAAUAUCCACAAUCAUGUCUUCAAGCAACCACAACGUUGUUUCAAGCCAGGCUGUGAGUGAAAGCACUCCUGCCAUCCCACUGAUGAUGACAAGCAUGGGGACGACCUUUGCCCCAAUCACCACUGUAGGAUCGAUUGGCAUGAUCCCGAUCAUGUCAACCCCUACUCCUACGCCAACAACAACAAUGUUCCCAGGCUCGAUAACAACGCCUGGUGGAGCAUUCACACCAUAUCCGUCAGCUUGGUCUCAGUUUACUGCUGACCCGGCAAAUGCGCAGGCUUUACAGGGCUAUCAUCAGGUGAUGGCCAUGAUCCAACAGGCAGGGGGCUUCAUGUCAUUUGCCUAUCCUAGUAUGACUCCACCAAUCAUGCCGCCUCUGGUGUCGACCCCGUCGACAUUUGUCCCUGGGAUGGUCCCUAUACGCCCGGUGAAUUUGACGGGGACCAUGAAUGAAGCAGCACCUUCAAAUGUCCACGAGGUCGAUGAGACGGAGCAAGAGGCAGCCCGCAGGAGGAAGGGUAAGGCUAUAGCCAAACCCAGCAAGACUCGAGAUUCGGCGUUAAAACGCCUAGGAGACAAAGAGGAUGGGCCCCGCAAGUCUUCCAAGCUACGUCUUGGUCCUGAGAUGGGCCGGACUAGCGGAAUAGAAAGACUUGGUGGGAAUCGUCCUACCCAAUCACGGUGUUCUAGGGAAUCUGAGACGAUUCACCUGGACGAGNGAUGAGAGGAAGGGAGAACAACCCAAGCGGCCUUGGACAGAGAAGUGGUGUACCUACCACCAAUCUGACUCCCAUAACACGGCGGACUGCCGAAACGUUAGGGCUGUGCUCAAAGAGAUGAUCUUGAGAGGGGAAUUGGAUGAAGUACUCGUUACGGGGCUUGAAAAAGACCCAUAGGCGAGUACUUGAAUCCGCCCACAUGAAUAGGAUCAGGGAAAUCAAAGAGGAUGUACAAA